UGUAAGUGGCUCUCCAAGUCAGCUCUCCUUCUUUCACCCUCUGUCACUCCCCUCAAACAUACUAGCACGACAAGAGCAGCAAAAAUCAUCAAAAACACAGGAAGAGAGAGAGAGAGAGAGAGAGAGAGAGGAAAAUCAAUUAAUCAAAGAAACCCAAGUUCCAUUUCUUCUCCUUGGUUCCGACGUUUCUUUCAUUUCGAGCUCGUUGAGGGAGCCUUCGUUUUUGUGAUUUCAAAGACAUUCUUUAAUGGCUUCCACUGGAGGAACAGAAGACGAACUACCGAAACAGCAACUGGCUCUUCUGGGAAAACCCUUAAAAGAAGGGGAGAGAAUUUUGGCGCCAACGAGGAGACCAGACGGUACUUUGAGGAAAGCCAUUCGGAUUAGGGCAGGCUACAUCCCUCAAGAUGAAGUUGCAAUCUACCAAUCCAAAGGUGCUCUGUUUAGGAAAAGCAUGGCCACGCCGGAGGUCCCGCCGGGUUAUGACCCGGUUUUGGAUGCUAAGCCGAAGACAAAGGCGGCUAAGCGGAAUGAGAGAAAGAAGGAGAAGAAGCACCAGGCUGCUCUUGAGAAGGAAAAGCAUGUAACUUUGAAGACCGAGGUGGAGAAGAAAACUGGAGAGGUGCUUCCUUCUGAGGAUUUGAAUGACAGACCUGAAGCUGUUGAAUUGGCAGCAAAUCAAAUUAACAUGCUAUCUGUUUCAGAAAACUCUCCAGCAAUGUCUCCUGCAGAUUCAGUGGAGAGCUUAAAUCCAGGGUGUCCUGGUCCAGAUCUUGAUAAAAGAAUUCGGGCACUAAAAAAGAAGAUUCGAUUCACAGAAGCUCAACAGCAGAAAACUGACCAGAAGGAUAUGAAUCCCGAGCAGUUAGAGAAGGUGGCAAAAUUGGAAGGUUGGCGUCAAGAGCUAAGGCUUCUGGAGGAGAGGAAGGCCGAGUUUGAAGUAUCAUGAGGUGAGGAACACGGUGGCAUCAGAAAACUGUGCAGUAUUUCUUCUGUGGAUUGGUUCUAAUCUUGUUGGGCAUUUAGAGAGCACUUUUGGUCUUGUAUGGUUUUGAACAAGGAGACCCUAGGAUGAUCAACAUUUGGCGCUUGCGAACAAAUAUGGUAUUCAUUUUCCAGCAUUAAGACUUCUACCAUUUCCAUUUUUUUGUUCA